AUGUGCAAUUAUUAUCAUUCACUUAAAUACAUUCGCAUAUCAUAUUUCAUACCCCACCCACCCCAAACCACACCACCCCACACCAUCCCACCCCAAACCACACCACCCACCCCACACCAUCGUACACCACCCACCCCAAAACCACACCACCCCACACCAUCCCAUCCACCCCAAACCACACCACCCCACAUCAUCCCACCCUACACCACCCACCCCAAAACCACACCACUCCACACCACCCCAUCCCACCCCACACCACACCACCCACCCCAAACCACACCACCCCACACCAUCCCACACCACCCACCCCAAACAACACCCCCCCCACACCACCCACCCCAAACCACACCACACCAUCCCACACCACCCACAGCACCCCACACCAUCCCACACCACCCACCCCAAACAACACCCCCCCACACCACCCACCCCAAACCCCACACCAUCCCACACCACCCACAAAACCCCACACCAUCCCACACCACCCACCCAAACAACACCCCCCCACACCACCCACCCCAAACCACACCACCCCACACCAUCCCACACCACCCCACACCAUCCACCCCAAACCACACCCCCCCACACCACCCACCCCAAACCACACCACCCCACACCAUCCACCCCAAAACCACACCACCCCACACCAUCCACCCCAAAACCACACCACCCCACACCACCCACCCCAAACCACACCACCCCACACCAUCGUACACCACCCACCCCAAAACCACACCACCCCACACCAUCCCACACCACCCACCCCAAACCACACCCCACACACCAUCCCACCCCACACACCCUAAACCACAGUUUACUGUUUGA